AUGGAUGUAAUUUUGGAUGAUCCAUCUCCUCCUCCACCAUAUAGUCCAGAGCGACCCCCUCCUCCGUAUGUGAGGACGGUUGAGAUUGGAGCAGAUGACGUAAAUGACUCGAAAGCGAAGGCAGAUAAGGAAAUGAAACUUCCUUUUUCCACAGUAUCAGCUUCCAAGAUUGUCUAUCCUGAAGCAGUGCUUUUGCCCCCGACCACCUCGCAAAGCAUCAAUCCAUCUGUCUCUGGUAAAUUAUUAUGUUUCUGA